UUCAAUUUCUUCCUUGCUGAUUUUCCUAGCUCCACCGCUGUUCCGCCACUUCCGCCGCUGCAGUUAGGAUUCCCGUUUUUCUUCCCGUCGUCAUUCUUUCCCUUGACAUCCGCCUUGCUAUUUCAACACCACUUUCCUUGGAACGAGAUGGGCGGUCCUCACACCGUCCUAGCAUCGCUGCAUCCUCAUUAGGCAUAGGAAUAGGACAGUAGGGCAGUGGCGAACCACCCUAACACAACCAGCAGCGCGGUGUAAUCAUGAGGGGAGGAGAGAGUAGAACAGAGUACAGCGCGGCGAGCCGAACAGCAGUGCGGUGCAGUCCGCCACUGCGCCCGGCGUCGUUCCAGUCUACAGCGCUGCUGCUGUCGUCAACGGCCUCCCCGCCGCGCCAAGUUCCCCGCCCCCCUUACUGUCACAUUCAACGUCGCGAUCGGCACGCAUUGAGACUAAAAAGCACCGGACUGAGGCUCGAACAUAACAACAGUUCUAACCGAAAAUCGUCGACUUUUGUUAUAGGACAAACUGUAACAUAUUAACACGGACCGCCCGUCGAUCUAUGGAGCAGGGCGCUGCAGCAGCAGCGAUCGUCGCCCAAAAUACCCUGCCCGCCAUAGCUAUGGCUAUUGCCAAUCCGCUGCUUGGCAGUGAUUGUGACGGACUAACGUCAGGGGAGGGAGGGAUCCAUACGCCAUACAAGCAUCUGCCUCACGAUACUUUGGAAUGGUUGAUUAAAUUGGUCUAGGACUUGGGAUUUGGUGUAUUCUGCUGAUUCGCCACGCCCAUUGGAGGAAAAUAUUUGCAUUCGUCCAAUCAGAUUGUACUCCACGUCACACACAAAAAUCUGGCAUCUUGUGGUGUUGGGCUCGUUGACGACAGAACGAAAAAUCACGAAGUGCCUCGCCAUCCAAUGUCGAGCGACUCUCUCGCUCACGACCUCUGCACAACCCUCCAAGUCUGGUGGAAACCUUGUCCAUCCCGAUUGGCCAAAUUCGGAUUGCGUGGAUUCGCAACAAGCAGGUGGGGAGAUUACAGAGCGCCGUCGAUUCGGAUGGCACGCGGCCCGUGAGCGCCUGCGCCCCACUCUCGCUCCCUCCAAGCUCAUCCUCCUCCCCAUACCUCAUCACGUUCAAAACUCGCAUCACUCACGGCAAGUAUACACAAGCGUCAGAAAUUUACCAGCAGCCAGCUACACUCAAUCCAGGAACUUCAUACCACAGCUUCAGUCUCGCCAGACUUACACAUCCACAAUGGCUGCUCUCGCUAACGCUGCUGUGAUCCCCUCCACCUUCGUCGGCCAGAGCGCUGAGCUCGCCGCCAAGGUGAACAAUGUCGAGGCCCGCGUGACCAUGAGGAAGACCGCCAAGGCGGCUUCCAGCAGCCAGUUCUACGGCCCCGACCGCAGCCUGUUCCUGGGCCCGUACUCCUCCCCCCCGUCGUACCUGACUGGCGAGUACGCUGGCGACUACGGCUGGGACACCGCUGGUCUGUCUGCUGACCCUGAGACCUUCGCCAAGAACCGGGAGCUGGAGGUGAUCCACGCUCGGUGGGCUCUUCUCGGUGCUCUCGGCUGCCUUACCCCCGAGCUCCUCGCCGGUAACGGCGUGAACUUCGGCGAGGCCGUGUGGUUCAAGGCCGGCGCUCAGAUCUUCUCCGAGGGCGGCCUCGACUACCUCGGCAACCCCAGCCUGAUCCACGCGCAGUCCAUCCUGGCCAUCUGGGCGUGCCAGGUCAUCCUCAUGGGCGCCGUCGAGAGCUACCGCGUUGGUGGCCUGGAGGGCUUCCAAGAGGUUGAGGACCCCCUGUAUCCCGGCGGUGCCUUCGACCCCCUUGGUCUGGCUGACGACCCCGACGCCCUUGCUGAGCUGAAGGUGAAGGAGCUGAAGAACGGCCGCCUCGCCAUGGUGUCCAUGUUCGGCUUCUUCGUCCAGGCCAUCGUCACCGGCAAGGGUCCCCUGGAGAACCUGUCGGACCACCUGGCUGACCCCACCGUCAACAACGCCUGGGCCUAUGCCACCAACUUCACCCCCGGUGCUUGAAUGCCCUGCCGAGUUGUACAUGUAUAUUUAGUAGGUUAGAUUACAAUUAAUGAUCUUCAAUCUCUCGAUUCUUGAUUUCACACAUGAAAUCACACUGGCCUAUUCCAAAGCUUGGUAAACAGUCCGAGCCCAAAUUCCAUCUGUUGCAAGCGAAG